GCCCAGUACACUACAGAGUGAUGCAGGGCCUCAAAGGUUAUUAUCUGAAGAUUUCCGCCUCCUACAAUCAACUCAUUUCUCUGACCGAGGAAGUUCACUUAGAGUUGGAUUGGUGGGUCCACAAUAUGGAAGAAUGGGACAGGAGAGCUAGAUUUGGUUACCAACCAGAUUUCAUCUUAAAAUGGGACUCCAGCUUCUCAGGUUGGGGUGCGACUUGCUCAGAUCUCUCCAGAGGUGACCUUUGGACCAACACAUUUUCCAUCACCUUCAUCUGUUCCAUGGUCUUCUCUACCUAG